CUUCUUCCAAGGGGGCGGCAUGGAUUACUCCAAGGUCGGAGAGAAGCUUCUCAGCUCAGUUCGCUCUGCCCGAUCUCUCGGCCUCCUUCCUUCCACUUCCGAUCGUCCCGAGGUGGUUGAUGCUUAUGCGUUGAUUGGGGAUGUUUCUGGUCUUGCUGAAAAGAUACAAAGCUUCUUUAUGCAGGAGGUUCUCUCAGUAACCCAUUCUGUCUUGAAAAAUAUUUUGCAGGAGGACCUGGAACCUUCCAAUAUGCAAAGUAGUAGUUCCAGACUUACCUACAGUGAUCUAUGCCAUCAAAUACCUGAAUCCAAGUUUAGGCAAUGUUUAUUGACAACACUAGCUGCCCUUUUUAAGUUGAUGAGUUCAUAUCAAGCAAGCUUGCAAACGAGUGUUGGUUUUGAUUUAGUCUGGGAUACAAUGGAGAAAGUCGCUCUUAUUCGUAAGAGGUUAGUUUCGGCUCAAAGUUUCCAGAAGAGUUAUGUUGACCGUAGGAGGAGACCUUUAUCUUUUGAGGUAGGAGAUUACGUGUUACUGAAGAUAUCACCGAGACGGGAUUUAAUUAGAUUUGGGAAGACCAGCAAGUUGUCUCCUAGAUUUAUUGGGCCUUUUGAGAUUCUAGAGCGGAUCGAAGAGGUAGCUUAUCAUUUGGCCUUGACGCCCUAA